ACCCUCGCGCGGUGACGUCAAAGGGAUGGGCAGGUCACGUGGUGCAGUCCGAGGGGAACCAGGUUUAACGUUACUGAAAUGGGAGAAAGACGAAGAAAAGGAAGGAAAACGAGCAAGGUUUUUCCCUGAGUCGGUACACUGUAUGUUCAUACCAGGUUUGCAUUCUGACCUGCAAACCAAUGUAAGUCGUGUUGAGUGACUGCGUGUGAAAGAGGGACCAUCACCAUCCUCAUGUCCUAUGGAGGAGGCUUUUCUGGACGCACUGAGCGUGUCCGCCAGGCGCCCCACUAUGACCAGGUUCCCCCAGGUUCCUUACCUCGAGCAGACUCCUACAGCCUUCAGCCUCUGAGGGAACAGUCCUCAGCUCGUCUGGCUCAGAGCGCAGACCCUCUCCCACCUCCACCUCUGCCAGACCAACCCCCCGUGGGGCCUGAGUUUGAUCCCAGUGGCAGCGAAGACAACGGCGAACUAGAUCCUGACCCUGCAAUUGACAUCAAACCCGUCCACCGCUUUAUCCCCGACUCCUGGAAGAACUUCUUCAGAGGGAGUAACCGCAGCAGUAAAGAGCCGUGGUCCAUGCCUGCCUCCUCGUACAACAACAAUAACAGCACCACGGAGGGGGUGCGCUGUUCUCCUCCACAGUCUCCAUCUGUUCCUGGAUCUUACCGGGAUCCCUAUGGCGGCUCUGCUGGCAGCUACAACUCACACAAGGAGCUUCUGGAAGCACACGACACCCAUGAGUCGGUGUCAGGACGCACGUACCGAACAGCGCUAACUUACAGUGAGCGAGUGGAGGAGUACCAUCAGCGCUACGCCUACAUGAAGUCCUGGGCGGGCCUGCUGAGGAUUCUGGGCUGUGUGGAGCUCCUGCUGGGAGCGGCAGUGUUCGCCUGCGUCUGCGCUUACAUCCACAAGGACAAUGAGUGGUUCAACGUGUUUGGAUACUCUUCUCCUGGAGGGGCGUACGGAGGAGGGUUCUACGGUGCUGGCACUGGGGGGUCAUACUACACAGGACCCAAGACUCCCUUUGUGUUGGUGGUAGCGGGUCUGGCCUGGUUGGUAACUGUAAUUGUAUUAGUGCUGGGGAUGACCAUGUACUACCGUACCAUCCUGCUGGACUCGUCCUGGUGGCCUCUGACUGAGUUUACCAUAAAUCUGGCUCUGGCUAUUCUCUACAUGGCAGCAGGUAUUGUUUAUGUCCGAGACACAACGCGUGGAGGUCUCUGCUCCUAUCCUGUCUUCAACAACGGCAUCAAUGGGGCAUUCUGCCGAACAGAAGCCGGCCAGGUCGCCGCCAUCAUCUUCCUCUUUGUCACGAUGGUUGUGUAUCUGAUUGGAGCUUUAGUUUGUCUUAAGUUGUGGAGACAUGAAGCUGCACGCAUGUAUCGGGAGCGCUACGGACAGGAGAUGCAGCCCGCUGAGAUGCAAGGUGCACGGUCACUGCAGCUUGCUCCAGCUCCUGGUCCAGAUCCUGUUCACAAAGCUCCAGAACAGGUCCAAGGCUCCUCAGUGGUUCCUAUCCAGGCCACCCUGAAACCAGGACCUGCAAAGAUUUUACAGGGAGCCAUACCAUCAGGACAUAUUCCAAAACCAGUGAUCGUGCCUGACUACAUUGCUAAAUAUCCAGCAAUCCGGUCUGAUGAAGAGCGGGACCAGUACCGAGCUGUGUUUAAUGACCAGUACGCUGAGUACAAAGAGCUCCACUCAGACGUUCAGGCGACACUCAAGAAGUUUGAUGAGAUGGACGCCAUGAUGCGUGCUCUGCCUCAGCACCCCACCAGCCAAAUGGAGGUGGAUCGCAUCCACAGAAUCCUUCAGGAAUACCAGAAGAAGAAAAAUGACCCGACAUUCAUUGAAAAGAAAGAGCGCUGCGAAUACCUGAAGAGCAAACUGUCUCACAUCAAACAGAAGAUCCACGAAUAUGAUAAGGUCAUGGAGUGGAACGAUGGAUACAGCUAAACCUCUGUGGCAUGUGGCGCUGAUGACGUCAAACACAGAACUCUUUGUGACGGUUUGAUGACAAUGAUGGCGAAAAUGAAACUACAAGAAGAAACCACUGCGGCAUGAUGGGAAUUUCUAGCCUGCUUUGUUUGUAUGUUUGUCUGAAUAAGUAGAAUCAAAGAGUUAAUGUGUUUUAUACUUCAAAUGGUCUAUAUAUGCAAAAAAAUAAUAUUUAUGUGACACUGUGAUGCUAAUCCUAGCUGUGGCUCACCACUUAUUUUCAGAAAUGACACUGGAUUCCGAUGUGAAUGUUUUUUAUGUAAAGAGCAGGAAGUGUAAUCUGUUCAGAUAGAAGUGAAAUUAAAGAUGCUGCAUUCCUUUUUCUGCCGGUUUACUUCCUCUGCAGCUCGGCAUGAUCACUUUUCAGUCAGUCUUCUUACUUGUCAGUCACAUCUGUUCAUGUGUAAAGCAGGAGUGGUUCUGUCAGAUCCUCCAGUUGGACAUGAACACCCUGUUUAGGACGGAUCCUCAUCCAGCUGAGUUUUGUAAGUGUUGUGGGGAUUGUUUUAAUUGCACACUAUGUCUGUUUUUACAUGUAACUGUUUGACAAAUGACUUUAUCAGGAAAUCUGCGAGUCCUCUUGUAGUAUUAGCAAAAUGUGUGUGUUCUCUGUGUUCUACCAUUUCAUAGAUUAAACAUUUUGUACUUAAUAGUCACUUAAGUAACCUAAGUGCCUAAAUAUCUUUAUUGCAUCUUCUUUAUAGCACAAUAAAUGUAUUGACUGUGGACCUCCUGAGUUAUAAAUGUGCUAUCCCCGUACUUUUCCUUUAAGCAUAAUGUAAAUAUACUACUAUAAAUGUCCAUAUUUUUCAUAAUUUAAAUGUUCAAUUGGUGCUUUGUUUUCAGAAUACAGUUUUGCUUAUGCACUGA